AUGAAUCGAGAUAUUCCUCCAUUUUGGCCUGUUCCGUGGCUUCCUCAACUGUGGUCAUCACCUCCACUAACUACGAAAUCAGGAACUACGAGAUCCUUAUUAUCUUCGUCUUCGACAACAAGUCCAGUACCAGAUAGUUCGCAAAUGGGUAAUGGCUCUGAUGAAAGACAUGAAACUCUGACUCCUACAUUCAGGACUGCCUUGAACAACGGGCCUGCUUUGAAUAACACGGCAAGUGUAGAAGUUCAGCGCCUUAGACCUGGAACCAUGGUCGAUCCACUUUUAGCUCUCACAUCGAUGGAAGCUUCCCCAGUCAUUUCAAGAGCUCUUGCUUCAACUUUACCUCGUCGUCCUCGAAGUGAGAAGAGGCCAAUUCCAGAUGAACAAAAGGACGAUAAAUACUUUGAAAGACGGAAAAGAAACAAUAUGGCGGCUAAAAAAUCACGCGACGCUCGAAAAGCGCGGGAAGAUGAGAUUGCACUGAGGGCAUGUUUCUUAGAGAAAGAAAAUGCUAUCUUACGAGCACAAAUCGCAACGCUCAGAGAAGAAGCUCAAUCUCUGAGGCAACUGCUGUUGCAAAAGAGACACAGUGAAUGGUGCAAGACGUGAUCCUACAAAAGAACUGUAUUUACUAAUCGUGAGAAAUGGAAACGCACAUGGAAGUAACAGUCAGAAUAAUCAUGAUACCCAUGUUGUGCCUAUUAACAACAUACAUGUUAUUUAACAAUGUUC